GUCAUGUUUGCUAUCUUGUAGAAGAAACUUGUUAAAUUAUGAACAGCCAGAAGUAAAUAAUAGAAUCUACAUUAUUUAAUAAAUUAAGGAUAAAACUGGUUAAGAAGUCAUUGUUUGGGGAUUUUUUCGAAAAUGUCUUUCGAAAAUGAUGACAACAUCAUCUCGUGUCCUAGAUUGUAAAACAUGAAACGACAGAAGGGAAGGAUGGUGCGUGGUCCGCAGGUUAGAAAUUCUGAAAAAAAUAGUCUCUCUUCUGAGGUUGCUGGCGGGAAGAGAAGCCGAGCAUGCAUGUCUCCCGAGGAGCUGAAGGACCUGCGGGCACGUGAGGCCCGGCUGAAGAGGCUACAACGCGCCCGGGAGACGGAUGAGGAGAAGGCGCUCCGCAGGUCGAGGAUCGUCCGACGGGCACGAGAGCGCAGGGCUAGUCUGGACCCCGGCCGUGCCUUCCAGGAGAUGGACAUGCAUCACUUUAUGGUGUUGGAAGAGCGCACGGACUUGUGUGACUCAAAUGAACAAGACCCACUUGCUUUGUCUACUGAAUGGGUGAAACCAGAGAAAGAUGAAGAUUAUUGUUCCGUGAUUGGGAAUGCAUGUCAGCAACCAGAAGAUCAGGUUGCUGCUAUGAAGGUGAAACAAGAGAAUGAUGAAGAUAAUUGUUCCGUGAUUGGGAAUGCGUGUCAUCAACCAGAAGACCAGGUUGCUGCUAUGAAGGUUGCUGGCGGGAAGAGAAGCCGAGCAUGCAUGUCUCCCGAGGAGCUGAAGGACCUGCGGGCACGUGAGGCCCGGCUGAAGAGGCUACAACGCGCCCGGGAGACGGACGAGGAGAAGGCGCUCCGCAGGUCGAGGGUCGCCCGACGGGCGCGAGAGCGCAGGGCUAGUCUGGACCCCGGCCGUGCCUUCCAGGAGACGGACAUGCAUCACUUUGUGAAACAAGAAAAAGAUGAAGAUUGUUGUUCCGUAACUGGGAAUUCCUGUCAGCAACCAGAAGAUAAGGUUUCUGCUGCAAGUCAAACUACGGACAAAACAUGGCCUAAAGCAAAAAAACGUGUUUUGAAUGCAGUACACAAAUGUAAUAUUUGUCGAAAGAAUCUUAGUUCAAAAGGACAUCUGAGACUUCACAAGAUAAGGACGCACGCGAUGUUUUCUUGCAAGAUCUGUGGCAGGAGCGUAAGCCAUCGUAAGGAACUGUUGCAGCACUGCGACAGUGUUCAUCGCAGGGUUGUGGAUGGGAUGUUCGAGUGCAGUGCGUGCCAAAAGCUUAUUCGUGAAUAUCGUAGUUUCGUGGCACAUCUGAAGUUGCGUGGCAGGUGCAAAGUGAGGAUCACACCCCAGUUGUACGUGUGUGACGAGUGCGGGAAGAUGUUCAAGCGCUCGUACGGUCUCAGAAACCACCAGAUGUCGGUACAUCUCCCGGAUGCUGGUCAGUCCACGGCCGAGUCCCUGCAGCAGGCCCGGGAGAAGAAGUACACGUGCCCCACGUGCGGCAGGAGAUUCCGGUUUCGGUGUCUGCUGCAGGACCAUCUGAACCUGCACUCGGGCGCGAAGCCGUACCGCUGCCAGGAGUGCGGGCGAACGUUCGCGCAGAGAUCCUCCAUGAAGCAGCAUGAGAGAACCCACGGCUCGACCAAACCUUUCAAGUGCCCUCACUGUGGCGUGGCGUUCUUCAUGCGUGGCAACAUGAACAAGCACGUGCGCACGCACACCGGGGAACGGCCGUUUGUGUGCGACGUGUGUGGCGAAACUUACGCCCAGAGCAACCAUCUGACCGUGCACAGACGCACGCACACCGGCGAGCGACCGUUCUCGUGCGACGUCUGCGGGCGUGGCUUCACCAAGAAGAGCGACGUCCUGCGCCACGUCCGCAUACACACCGGAGAACUGCCGUUCUUGUGUCAGGUUUGCGGCAGGGGAUUCCGCCAGUCGGCGCAGUGCGCGAAUCACGUCAAGAGCCGUCACCCGGAGACGGUGGCUGUGGAGUAAUGGCACCUGUGCGGUGAGAACUCUUGUACGUUAAUGUUUUGUCUUUUGGCUGUAGAAAAAGUGGUUGAUUAGCUUGAUCCAGGUAUACUAUUCAACUUAUUCACUUUUCUACCACAUUAUUCUAAUGAAAUGGAGAGAAGAUUAACAACAGUCAAGGCUUGCACAUGGUAAUUUAAAAUGUAUUAAAAUAAAUUUAUUUAUAUUUUUGCAA